GGAGACUCUUUUGAAUGUCUGUCUUGGUAAAGACCCCACCAUGUCUCAUCUUCUCCCCUGUCCUAAUAUCUCUCCCCUUCUAUCCACCUCUCUCUCUCUCAUCUCUCUCCAUCUCUCCAUUCCGUUAAUGUGAACUCUAAUCAUGCCCCACUAACCACUUGUCUUAUCUCCUCCACUUAAACUUUUUCCAUACAGAACUUGUAGUUUUUUCACUACUUCUUGUUUCAAGAUUCUAUUUUUACUUUCUUUUCCUAGCACCCAAACCCCAAGAACCAUUUUUUCACUUGUUUUAAGCAAAACCCAUAAAUCCUUUUCAAAUCUUUUUCAGAGAUGAGUGAAAACACAUUCACUAAAGUACUUAAGCCCACAGCCCACUUGGAGUUUUUCAAGAAACUCAAGCGUUUGAAGCCUCUUGAGCCCUCCUAUGGGGUUCUUGGCUGUUUCUUUGUGAGUGUGUGUUUAAUUUUAAGCUUGUUUUUGUUGGAUUACAGGACUCUUGGUUUUGGUGGGCAAGAGUCUAGAUUGAUUAGCUGGUUUGGGCUUAAUGGGUCAGCAGGAGUUGAAGAAAGAGUUGAGUUUCUUGAUGAGAGUGGCGAUGGGUGUGAUAUAUAUGAUGGGGAUUGGGUUUGGGAUGAGAAUUAUCCACUUUAUGAGUCUACAGAUUGUUUGUUCUUGGAUGAAGGUUUUCGAUGUUCUGAGAAUGGUAGGCGUGAUAAAUUCUAUACUAAAUGGCGGUGGCAGCCCAAAAAUUGCAACUUGCCCAGAUUUGAUGCAAAGAUCAUGUUGGAAAAGAUGCGAAAUCGCCGGGUUGUGUUUGUUGGUGAUUCAAUCGGAAGAAAUCAAUGGGAGUCCCUUCUCUGCAUGCUCUCUUCUGCAGUUCGUAACAAGACCUCAAUAUAUGAGGUUAACGGGAAUCCAAUUACAAAACACACAGGGUUCCUGGUGUAUAGGUUUACUGAUUUUAAUUGCACCUUAGAGUACUAUCGAGCUCCAUUUUUAGUACUGCAAAGUCGGGCUCCUGCUGGUUCUCCAGAAAAAGUAAGAACUACCUUGAAACUCGAUCAGAUGGAUUGGAAUUCCUGGAAAUGGAGAGGUGCUGAUUUGUUAGUUUUAAAUAGCGGCCAUUGGUGGAAUUAUGAAAAAACUAUUCGAGAGGGUUGUUACUUUCAAGAAGGAGCAGAAGUAAAGAUGGAGAUGAGUGUAGAAAGUGCUUAUAGGAGGUCAAUUGCGAAAGUUGUGGAUUGGUUAAGUAGUGAAGUGAAUACCAGUAAGACCCAGGUUUUCUUCAGAAGCUUUGCUCCUGUGCAUUUUAGAGGUGGCGAUUGGAAGACUGGUGGGAGCUGUCACCUGGAAACGUUACCUGACCUAAGGUCAACAUCAGUGUCAUCUGAAACAGCAAAUCAGUUGAGAAUUGUCAGUGAAGGAUUUUCCAAACUCACGAAUACAACAAUACAUUCCAGGAAACUCGACUUUUUAAAUGUGACACUGAUGUCAUCUCAGAGGAAAGACGGGCACGCAUCAAUAUAUUAUUUAGGGCCGGAAACUGGGCCAGCUGCUCUUCACCGUCAAGACUGCAGCCACUGGUGCUUGCCUGGCAUACCUGAUACAUGGAAUGAACUUUUGUAUGCAGUAUUUCUUAAAAAGGAACUUGCCCAAACAGGAAACAAAACAGAACACACUCUUUCUCCGACAGUGGAAAGAAAAUAACAAUGACAGUCUGUCUUGCUAGAACCCACCAAGCACAUACUCGUAGAAAGCAUAGUGGAACUGUUGCAUCAACAAGGAGCCAAAACCUACUUGAUUGCCUCACUUGCCGGUUCACUCUAAUUCAUCACCUUCAUAUGAUCGGUUAUGUAACCAAAUGCAACUGUUCAUAUAUUUGUUACAUGACUAUGAUGAUGAAAGGGAGGUUGACCGCAAGAAUGUUCCAAAGCCAGAGCUCAGGAAAGACAGAUCAUUUAAACCAUCUUAUGCCGAGGUUAAUGUAUUUAAUAGCCGAGGCAUUUAGUUAAUCAGGUUAGGUUUGUUUUGCAUAUAUACCCGCACAUGAUACAUCAUUCAUCAUUCAUACAUUAGUACUAGAAGAUUGUUGAAAGUUGUAAUUUAUGAACAUAACAAAAACUUGUAUACCAGUAAAUUCUGUAUCACCUGGAAUUUGUACAUGCAAAUUACUAAGCCUUGGUUUUGUGGA